CGAGCGGCCAAAAUUGCCUUUUUUGUCGACGUGGGCUCGUCCCAUUCCGAUUCAUUACAUGACAUGCGUGCACAAUACUUAACUGUCCUCCAUCACAAUGUCAGCCAAUUCGCUCCUCACAAACUCACUUCUACGCCCCCGUUCCAGUUGUCGACUUUUAUCUCAAGUUCGGCACCUGGCAACACCAUCAGCCUCGACGCCGAAGUCAAAAUCCGGCUUCCGUGAAGCGCUGGUCUCUGGACCAUCACUAGACGACUUCAUCUCAGGAGAACCCAUAGAGCAUGUAGUACUUGGGAAUACCCAAGGACCGCGGCUACCCAGCUUUCUAAAGACUAAGAUACCCUCCGGAGCAUCUUUUAACAAGAUCAAGAAGGACUUAAGGGGGCUCGGUCUUCAUACUGUAUGUGAGGAAGCACGGUGUCCUAAUAUUGGUGACUGCUGGGGUGGAAAGGAAGGCGCGACUGCCGAGGAGGGCAAGAGGGCAGCAACGGCUACGAUCAUGUUGAUGGGAGACACCUGUACUCGUGGCUGUAGAUUCUGCUCUGUCAAGACUUCCCGCACCCCACCUCCAUUGGAUCCUCACGAGCCUGAGAAUACAGCAGAGGCCAUUAGUCGAUGGGGGCUCGGAUACAUCGUUCUCACAAGUGUUGACAGAGACGAUCUUGUAGAUGGUGGUGCACAUCACUUCGCAGAGACUAUCAUGAAGAUUAAGCAAAAGGCGCCUCAGAUUCUUGUGGAAGCAUUAACAGGAGAUUUUGCGGGCAAUUUGGAACAUGUUUCUCUCGUGGCAAAGUCUGGUCUAGACGUCUACGCGCAUAAUAUCGAGACUGUGGAAGAGUUGACUCCAUUUGUGCGCGACCGCCGUGCAACUUUCCGGCAGAGUCUGAAGGUGCUUGAACACGCGAAGAAGGAAGGUGUCCGCGUCACCAAGACAAGUAUCAUGCUUGGUGUCGGCGAGACAGAAGAGCAGGUCAUGGAUGCUUUACGAGAGCUUCGCAAAAUUAAUGUUGAUGUUGUGACCUUUGGGCAAUAUAUGAGGCCCACGAAGCGACACAUGAAGGUUGACCGAUACGUAGAACCUUCCGAGUUUGACCGAUGGAAGCAAAUUGCUGAUGACAUGGGCUUCGCCUAUGUGGCUAGUGGUCCUCUUGUCCGCAGUAGUUACAAGGCUGGCGAAUACUUUAUAGAGAAUAUGUUGAAAGGAAAGGCCACAGAGAACAGGGUGAAGAAUAUCGUUACGCAAGAAGCGUCGUCGACAAGUCAUACCCAGACAACAUAAACGUAUAAUAUUGUCUUAUUAUUUACUCUAUCUAAUCCACGAGCGGAUCCCGUUUACUGCCAUUUCCUGAAUGAUGUGAUCCGACCGUUGUCAGUAUAUAUAUAAACACCUAAGCUUGAGGAUUAUCCGGCAUGUUUUAUGUCCAAGUGAGAAG